ACCUUGUUUUGUUUGACAAAGUCAAAUAUUGUGAUAGUUUUUUUAAAUGUGAAUUUAGAUAAAAAAGUGAAAUAACUUCUUCAAAAUAUUAUAGAAAAUAACCUCUUUCAGAAAUAUGGAUAUCGGCGAGAUAAGGACACCAGAAGAUGUACGUAAAGUAAUAAAAACGGCUAAACUACAUGAAUCGGAGCUAACAGAAAUUACUCAAGUUCUUAGGUUUCCGGACCCCAGUACACAAAAUGAUAACUUAAGACUUAUGCUUCUAGAUGAUAAUUUACUGAAACAAAUUGAAGCUGGAAAUCAGUUAAUAUUCAAAGGUGAUGAAGAAGAAAAUGUAGUGCUAUGCACAGAUAACAAAACAUACGAUGUUAAGGAAGCAGAGACUUCCAAUAGCCUUCUACUAGUUCCAGACUUAUUAUUCGCAGCAGCUAGUGGUUUAGAUGAAACACUCGCCAAUAAUUCCAUCGAAGGUGAUUCCGAUUCAUCCUUCGAAAGAUCCAACACAAGUUUGAAUAAGUCAACAGAUUCCGACGAUGGCAGACCACCUAGGAAACUAGUUACGAAGGAUAUAGUUAAUACAUUCUUCACAUAUUACGAAGUAAAACCUUGCAAACCGCGUCUUUUGAAGUUACAGAAACUUCUAGAAGCUACGAAGUAUUCUGGUGCGGAACUCGAAUAUACCAUCGACAAAACGAAAUUGCUAAAUUUUGAGGGUAUUUUUGAUAAAGUGCAAGCGUCACGAGCGGAAUUAAAAGAUGAAUUAAAAAGAAUACAAGCUAUUAACAUCGAUGGUUAUUAUCGAUUAUUGGAUUUUGAUUACGAGUUUCGAGUUUUGUCCUAUAUGCUAGAUCUUAUUGAAGAGAAUUCGUGGCCUUUAGAUAAAAUAUCAAGGGAAUGGACACUUGAUAGUUUAAAGGAUCUUGUGCCUAAGUCUAUACUGGAAGCAAUGUUCGAUUUUUAUACAAAUAAAACUGUAGAAGAAGAAGGGACACAAUAUUACAGAUACAAGGACGAUAAAGUCUGUCAGUUUUUGGCUAGGGUUCUGUUAAAAAGCGCGGGUAAAUUCAAUUUGCAUGAAUUUCUACAAGCUUGGCGGGAUUCUGUACCGGAAGGGAUGAUUACAAAUGAAGCCUUACUAUCUGGCAUAGCCAUAGUCGAUAGAAGCAGUACUCCACAAGUUAUAUGGGGGUUCGUAGAGAGUGAUCUACCGGAGGAUAUCAACGAGAGGUUCAAAAUACUGUUCCAGAGUAAAGCCAAGUGGACGGUUGAUGAAAUAUCUCCGUAUAUUCAGUCAUAUGCAACGGAAAAAUUAAAUGUCAAUGCACUUUUAACAAAAUAUGCUCGGGCGUCGACUCAAAACGGUGUUCGAGUGUUUUCUGCUAAGCAUAUGAAAUAAGUAUAAUGUUGUUUUAAUUUUUAAAUAACUAGUGUAAAUAAAUAUUUUUUUU